AUGAAGCUUUCUACUUUCCUGGCAGUUUUGCCGCUUUCAUUCAGCGGAGUCUCCGCUGCAAGCUAUUCCAAUCCUCUUCGCGAUGUCAAUGGAGGAGAUCCCAACAUCGUCUGGCACGAUGGUUGGUACUACUUCAUGAGCACAAAUUUUGCCAACUUGCAAAUGGCCCGAGCGAGGACGUUGGAUGGGUUGAAGAAUGGUGAGACGAAGCUCAUCUGGGCCGAUUCUGAACCAAGUCGCUGCUGCAAUGUAUGGGCACCAGAGAUGCACUACAUAGAUGGAGCAUGGCAUGUCUACUACUCUGCUGGACCUAAUCCGCUAAGUCGUCAAAGGUCGCAUGCCAUUCGAGGCGGCAGCACGCCUUGGGAUAUGUAUGGCUAUGCCGGCGAGCUUCAAACCCCUGGCUUCUUCUCAAUCGAUGGCACAAUCGUUCGUCUGCAAAAUCAGAACUACUUUGUGUAUUCGGGGUUCGUAAACGGAGGCUUCGAAGCUGGCGAGAAGCAAAAGCUUUACAUCACGCCCCUGACUGGUGCCACGACCACGGGCGAGCACAAAGUCCUCUCUGAGCCGACAGAAAGCUGGGAGCUGGUCGGGGAACCCGUCAAUGAGGGUCCUUAUGCUCUGUACAAUGGCAACAAAACUUUCAUCGCAUUCUCUGGGUCGUACUGCGGAACACCCUCGUACGCACUUGGCACUUUGGAAUGGACGGGAGGUGAUCCUAUGGAUAGCGCCAGCUGGGUCAAGACCGGCCCUCACUUUACAAGUGCGAAUGGAGAGUUCGGUACCGGACACAACAGCUUCUUUACCAGCCCUGAUGGUAGCGAGACUUGGAAUGUUUACCAUUCGACGCCCAAUUCUGGGGGAAAUUGCGGAGAUCAAAGGCGUGCAAAUGCUGUUGUGGUGAGAUGGAAUGAGGACGGCACGCCAGAUUUUGGCGUACCGCCUGGAUAUGGGCAGGUGCUUCCAGGGCCAAGCGGCGAGUGAAGACUUUUGGAUGAUUGGGCGCAGCUCAUAUUCCAAGAGUGAAUGAGCUAGUCAUGUCACGCGCGGUGGAAGUUGGGUUCACCCCACGCGUUGACCUUCUAUAGUCACGGCCUUGCAAGAUGUUUCCUCUGUAUCUCAUCUUGUGAACCUGUCACCUCAAAUCAGCACUAACAUAGAAUCAAUAUUCCAAGUGCGUCAGGAC